AUGCUCAGUUAUUCUCAUCAAGAGAAGGAAUUAUGUUACAGAAUACAUAAAUAUUUGAUCGAUAAGCGACUUCGUGUUUGGCUCGAUCGAGAUGACAUGUAUGGAUCAACAAUCGAAGCCAUGGCAAAUGCGGUUGAAAAGUCGAAAUGUGUUUUAUUGUGUAUGUCUGAUUCGUAUAAAAUAAGUCCUAGCUGUCAAUCAGAAGCUGAAUAUGCCCAUAAAUUACAUAAACCUCUAAUACCGAUAAUAAUGAGAGAAAAAUAUAGACCUGAUGGGUGGGUCAGUUUUAUUGUUGGAUCGCGAAUUUACGUUGAUUAUCACAAACUGGGUUUUCAAGUAGCAUGCGAUAAACUUUUAGAACAAAUUCAAAUGCAAAAUUCUGACGCUCAUCUAAAUCAUCAGCACAAACUUCCGUUACCUAUGGCAGCAAACACUCCGCAUUUUCAACAAUGGUCAUACGCUGAUGUUUUGCGUUUUAUCGAUGGAACGAAUCUGAGCGAAAUGAAACCAUUAUUGGGCAAAGUGGAUGGCCAAGAACUAUUUGAGUUGUACAGAAUGUGCGAAUUGAAUUCACAACAAAUGUACGAAUCACUGAAAACCGAACUGUUUACACUACAUAAAGAAAUCUUACCUAUUAACGUUUAUCUUAGGUUUAUCACUCAGUUAAGAAAGCAAGCGAAUGGAUAG